AGGACAGGGGAACAGCACCCUCAUAAGUCUGUGUUUCUACACGGAUUAUUUUCCCCCAAGAACACAAAAUGGCGGUUUCCUUCCUCAGGAUCGGUCGAGCUGGCUCGCUUAAGAAAUGGCUUGAGAGUCGGGGUUCACUGACGUCAGCUCCCUUUGCUGCCCUUUGUACGAAACCUGGGGAUCCCAAAAAACCUGCGAAACAGACCAGCACAACUCAAGUGGACCCAAUCCAGAAACUGUUCAUCGACAAGAUUCGCGAGUAUUCAUCCAAGAGCAAGUCGGCUGGCGUCCUGGUCGAUGCUGGCCCUGAAUAUGAGCGCAACUUGGCUGAAGAAAUCAACAGGCUGCAGCGGCUCUAUGGUGGUGGUGACCUCACCAAAUUCCCAGACUUCAAGUUUCCUGAACCCAAGCUGGAAGAAGUGUCCACCAAGUGAACAUGCACUGGCUGUGCCAUCACCUCCAUGACCUGAUCACUUAAUACCUAAUAACUGAAAUGUAAAUGCAGUGUUAAUACCCCCCCACACCUUCAGUCAGCAUAAGAAAACAAUAACAUACAAUAACACAGUUAUAUAAGAGAUACUUGAUUGAUCCCUGGAUGAAAUUAUUUUGUAUAAAAAUAUUUUGUAUAAAGCAGAGGGGUAUAUAAUGUGCACAGAUAUAAACACGGCGCAGAGAUAGCAUAUGUAAUGCAAGUAAUAUUUUGCAGAGAAAUAAAUAUGCCAGUGUGGUAUUAACCUGUUAA